AUGUCUUCCAACCACCCGAACCAUAAUCAUUCGCGCCCUCCCCCUCACCAUCAAUGGACGCUCGCGCCAUCCGCCUCACCACCCUCGGCCAACCCCUUUUCUCCAACCCAACAUCUGGGCCGCCCCGCGCGGAGCGUCUCCGAAAUUAUACCCCGCCUCUUCAUCUCCGACCUUGCCUUCGCCGAAAACCCAGCGCUCCUCGCCUCACAUAGGAUUACACAUAUCCUUUCCACCCUCCCAGACACCAUCUUCCAUCCACCACCCACCCUGCUCCCAGUACAGCCCGCCCGACUCCAGAUCCGCGUGGACGACCUGCCGUUCGCGGAGCUCGCGGCUCACCUCCCCACUACGACCGCAUGGAUCCGUGAUGCGCUUUGCGGCAACGUGGAAGCUAGGGUACUAGUACAUUGUAUAGAGGGCGUAAGCAGGAGCGUGAGUGUCGUCGCCGCGUUUCUGAUGGCACAGUUUGGGUGGUCUCCAAGCGAAGCGAUUCAGUAUAUCAAAGGAAAGAGGUUCGUUGCGGACCCGAAUUUUGGGUUUAUCCAGCAGCUGCAUGAGUAUGAGAGGGGUUCUUUGGGUAGGGCUAUGCCGCCGCCUAUACCGCCAUUUUCUCCGCCGGGCCAAAACUCGUGAGGAUGGAUUCUCGUUCUUUCGCCACUCUUCUUUUUUCGUUGGUUCGUUGUCCUCAUCCGCGGCCGUUGUUUUGGAUUUAUGAUUUACGACAAAAACUUCAAAGUUUCAACGUUCAACACUUGUCCGUUAUUUAUUGCAUUCGCAUCAUAUACAUAGAACAAUUCUGUACCAUUUUGUACCGCCACCGUCAAUAUGAUCUCUUAGCAACUCUCCUCUACUGUUCCCUAUGUAUAACAUCAAUAUGAUCGCGGUUACGCCUGAUGUUUCUC